AUGAAAUUUCCUGUUGAUAAUGAGGAUAAUUUAGCAAUUCCUAAACGUUUUGGAGGUGAAGCUAUUAUGUAUUCUAAUUCAAAACUACCUGAGGUAGAUACUGUAAUAUCAGAAUUAUCAGGAGAAUGCUGUAAAUCUGAUGUAUGGAGGACAUUUGCAUUAGCUUACUAUCGUCAAAAUAAAAUUUCUGACUUUUAUAAGAUUAUUCUUAAAGCUAUAGAAAUACGACAAAGUCAUAUAGAUGAAAACUAUCAUAUUUUAAAGUUAUAUGAUGCUUUAGUUUCAUAUGAAAUAAUGUGUUGUUGGAAAGAAACUGAUAAAUUAGGAGAUAAAAUUUUUAGAUAUCACGAAAGUCAUAUUCUUCAAAGAGCAUUUUAUCUUUUGUAUGAGGGACAAAAAUUAGAACAUGCUGAGGCACAAUUUAAAUUUAUUACUAAUACAAAUGAAAGAAAUAUUCCUGCACUUAUAGGAUAUGCUUGUAUUUUGUAUAAUAAAAAAGAAUAUUUUAAAUCUCUUAAAUAUUUUAAGAAAGCACUUAAAAUUUAUCCAAAAUCUCCACCUUAUGUUCGCCUUGGAAUUGGUUAUUGUCUUUUAAAAUUAGGAUAUAUUGAAAAAGCUAAAGUUGCUUUUGAAAGAGUUUUAGAACUUGAAAAAGAUAAUAGUUAUGCUUUGACAGCUUUAGCCAUACUUGAUUUUGCUAAUAAUACCUUAAAAUCUACAACUGCUGGUGCAACUAAAUUAAUUAAAUCAUGGAAAUUGGAUACAAAUAAUAUUUCUACAGCUUUAGAAUUAUCUGAUUUUCUUUUUUUAAAAGGAGAAUAUGAAAAAAGUGAGAAAUAUUCUAAAAUUGCUUUACAAUUAAGUGAAUCUAAAUUAAUGAAAGGAAGAAGUCAUUAUUUUUUUGGUAGAAAUCUUCAUCAAAAAGGUGAAAUUGAUUUAGCUAUUUAUCAUUACGCAAUUGCUAUCGACCUUUGUGGAUCUAAUUUUUUAAAUCCUCUUUUUGGACUUGGACAAUUAUAUGCAAAAAAAAGAAAAUUUGAAAAAGCAAUAGAAUAUUUUGAAAUGUUUUUAGCUUUAUCUCCAAAUAAUAUAGAAGUUAAAAAGGCUUUAAUAAUGAUGUAUAUGAGAUCAUCAAAUGUUGAUACAGAAAAAAAUUAUACAAGAAUGUGUUCCAUUAAAAAGUAUUUCUCUGAAUUGUUAGUUGGUGAAAAUCAAGACGAUCCUUUAUUAAUCAAUGAGUAUUCAAGAUUCAUGGAAAAGACAAAUAUUAGUAUUUCAUUAAAGGAAACUUCUCGAUUAAUUAAUAUAUAUAAGGAUUUAAAAAAUGAUUUAUGUCCAAUUGAGUUGGUUAAUAAUUAUGGAGUUUAUUUAUAUAUGAAUGGAAUGUAUCUUCAAGCCAGUACUGCUUUUUCUGAAUGUUUUGCAAGAAUUGAAAAAAUACGAUCAAAAAAUCAAUUUUAUGCUGAAUCUCUUGAAUUAACUUUGACAUUUAAUUUAGCCAGAGCAAAAGAAGAAUUAGGAUUUAUGGAUGAUGCAAUUGAAUUAUAUGAAAUUUUGUUAAAGUGGAAACCAAAUUACAAAGAAGCAAUUUUAAGACUUGGAAAGAUUGCUGAAAAACGUACAAACUAUAAUGAAGCUAUUAGUUAUUAUCAAAAUAUACUUUCUGAUGAUCCUAAUAAUGUAUUAGCUUUAUCAGCAUUAGGAUAUUUUUAUUUAAAUAGAAAAAAUUAUUUAGAAGCUCAGAAAAGUUUUGAAACAAUUAUUAAAUUACCUAAUCAAAGAACGAAUGCUUAUGCUUACCUUGGUCUUGGUACAAUUUGGUUAGAUCAACUUUAUAAACCAAAUAGAAAUAAAAAUAAAGAUGAUGAUCAUAUUUCAAGAGCAUUUGAAAUGUUUUCAAAAGUUUUACGAUACCAUCCUAUGAAUAUUUAUGCUGGUAAUGGAAUUGGUGUUUUGUUAACAUUUAUUGGUGAUUAUGAAAAAGCCAGAGAGUGUUUUGCUAUUGUUCGUGAAAAUUUACUUAAUAAUAAAGGACCUUGGUUAAAUUUGGCAUAUGUUUAUGGUAUGCUUAAAAAUUACCUUAAUUCAAUUCAAUUAUAUAAAGCUGCUAUUGAUAAAUUUGGAUUAGAUGAAGAUACAGAAACUUUGAUAGCUUUAGGUUAUAAUUAUUGGAAAAAAAAAGAAUACAUUAAUGCUAUGAAUUAUGUAAAUAAAGCUGUUAAUAUUGAUCCAUUUAAUUUAUAUGCUAUAUAUAAUUUAGCAAAAAUUUGUACAAAAGUUGGUUUGAAUAUUUUGGAAUCAUCUAAUAAUUCUUUGACUGAGAUAGAUAAUGCUAUUGCUUAUUUCAAUAAAGCUAAGAAUUAUUUCAUUAAUAUUAACAAAUCAUUAAAUAGUGAUAAUGGAAUUAAAAUUAAAUGGAAAUAUUUAAAUAUUGAACAAAUAACUGAAGAAAUUUUAAUUUGUGACAACUUUUUAAAAAAGGCUAAUUUAUUAAGACCUAAAAUUCUUGAAGCUGAAAAAAAUAAAGAAGAGAGUAAAAACAAACAGAAAGAAGUUAUAUUAAAAUUGGAAGAAGAAAAAUUGGUUCAGUUGAAAGUUUUAGAAGAACAGAAUAUUGAAAAACAAAGUAGGUUAAAAAUUCUUCGCAAUGAAUUUCUUAAUAUGAAUAAGGAUGCUUUAAAAAUUUUAACUAAUGAUGAUAAGAAAAAAAACAUAAAUAAAAAUGAAAACGGUAAGAAAAAGAAAAAGAAUGAUUUGGAAGACUUUAUUUCUGAUGAUGAAGUUGUAGAAAACAGUGAUAAGAAAAAAAGAAAUAAGCAAGGAAAGUCAGAGAGGAAAAAAAAACAUAACGAUAUAAAUAAAAAUUUGAAGUAA